AUGACUUAUAACGAAAUCAAUAUUGCCAAAAAUUCUAAAGAAAACCUUUGUGCAGAAAAGCUGCGGAAUAAACAUAAAUUAGUCACAGCGUUUCAUUCUUCCAAAGGACUUAUGCAAUUGCAUAUCGAUUCUUUUAACCACUUCAUUGAAACGGAAAUUAAAAAAAUCGUCGAAGCAAAUAAGCGCGUUAGUUUUCCUUCUGCAAAUUGGUGGCUCGAAUAUAAUGACGUUUACAUUAAACCACCUACGGUAUAUGAUGGAAGCGUCGUCGGAAGCCGCGUCACUCCUCAUGAUUGUCGACUACGUGAUCUUACCUAUGCUGGUGAAAUCCUAGUGGAUAUCACUUUCACUCGUCAGAAUGAAAUUGUCACGAGGAAGGGAGUUUUUAUUGGAAAAAUGCCGCUAAUGUUAAAAUGUUCCGCUUGUGCUUUACACGGUAAGAGCAAGUCCGAUUUAACGAAAAUGAAAGAAGAUUAUUACGAUCCCGGUGGCUACUUCAUCAUCAAUGGAAUUGAGAAAGUUAUUCUAAUGCAAGAGCAGAUGUCAAAGAAUCGAAUCAUUGUGGAAGGAGAUACCAAAAAAGGAAUGGUCUGCUCAGUGACUUCCUCCUCAGCUCAGACGAAGUCGAAAACAAAUAUCCUUUUAAAAGACGGUCGAUUUUAUCUCCAACAUAACUCCUUCACCGUGGAUGUUCCAAUCGUCAUUGUGCUUAAAGCCAUGGGCUUAACUUCCGAUCAUGAAAUUCUUCUCUCAGUGGAUUGUGAAGAAGCCAUUUGGACUAAAGUCGUACCUUCCUUAAAGCAAUGUAAGGAAGCUAAGGUAUUCACCACAUUGGAAGCUUGCAGGUGGCUUCAAUCCAAGCUGAAAACGCCGAGAUUCCGCAGUGCUAAAAUUACAAAUUUGGGAGGCAAGGCGACAUCAGAUAUCACCGACCGUGAUAUCCAGGCCGAUAUUCAACGGAUGCUGCGGGAUAUCAUCGUGACACACGUUCCCAUGGAGAAAAUGAAUUUCCAAAAUCGAUUCCUUUUUAUCGGUCAAAUGAUUCGUUAUCUGAUCCUCCUUGAAGACGGCCAGAUUCCACCAGAUGAUCGUGACUUCUAUGGUAACAAAAGAAUUGAUCUAGCUGGAUCCCUUGUUGGUUUGCUAUUUGAGGAUGCAUUCAAAACCUUCAAUGAAGACCUGUGGAUGACUGUCUCCAAGUUGGAUGUUAAGCGACGAGUGGGUCCGUUUGACAUCUCUAGACAUAUUAAAACAUGGCUGAUUACUGACCAGCUUAAUCGAGCAAUAUCCUCGGGUAAUUGGAUUAUCAAGCGUUUCCGUAUGCAAAGGCAAGGAAUUACUCAGCUUGUCAGUCGGCUAUCCUAUGUUUCUGCUAUUGGUCAUAUGACACGUGUGACAAGUUUAUUUGAGAAGACAAGAAAGAUCGCUGGUCCACGAGCCAUCCACUCGAGUCAAUGGGGAUUGAUAUGUCCUUCGGACACCCCCGAAGGUGAAUCCUGUGGCUUGGUCAAAAAUGUUUCACUCAUGUGUCACAUCACUGUGGAAGUCGAGGAUACAAAUCUCAUUCACAUUCUGAUGACGUACAAUGUCUUUCCACUCAAAGACUUUCAGCACCAGCCCGAUGAGCACAUUGUUUUCGUCAAUGGAAAACCAGUUGGGUUCACAAAGACGCCGAAAGAACUUUGCACAGCAAUUCGUGGCCUUCGACGUACUCGUCAUAUCAAUGAGUUUGUAUCCGUUCACUGUAAACCCAUUCUUCGUUGUGUGCACGUUGUUAGUGAUGGUGGACGUCUAUGCCGACCAUACAUCAUUGUUCACGAUGGAAGGCCUCUUGUCACGCAGGAGUUGAUUAACGACCUGCAGGCUAAGAUGCUUAAUUGGGAUGACUUUUUGAAGCGUGGGUUGAUCGAAUAUCUCGACUCAAAUGAACUCAAUGAUUGUCUUGUCGCUCUGGAUGAGGAUUCCAUUGUCGAAGGAACAACCCACAUGGAAAUCGAUCCAUCAACUAUUCUUGGUGCAUUGGCAGGUCUCAUCCCCUACCCCAAUCACAAUCAAUCACCCCGAAAUACCUAUCAAUGCGCUAUGGGCAAGCAGGCAAUGGGUGUCACAGGCCUCAAUCAGCAGAUUCGAUUUGAUACUCUCCAGUUGCAAAUGGUUUAUCCUCAAAGACCCUUGGUUGAAACGAAGACCAGUCAAAUGUUACACUUCCAUGAACUACCUGCGGGGGAAAAUGCCGUUAUUGCUAUUAUGUCAUUCACUGGCUAUGACGUAGAAGAUGCACUGAUUCUAAAUAAAGCAUCGAUUGAUCGAGGAUUUAUGAGGGCGUCUGUGUAUAGAAGGGUCGGUGUACAUCUCAAAUCCCAUGAUGGUGUUGCUCAUGAUAGACUUAUGGGUCCAAUUAUCGACACAGGCAAGUUGAAUAUGCUGUUCACCAACAAGCCACGCAGAAACGACCAGCUUUUAGAAGCAGACGGGACAGCCGCUGUAGGUUCGAAGGCGGAAAGUCAUUUUGUUCUAAUCAAUAAGCAGAUGCCUGUCGUAAAGUCAAGUUCUAUUAAUGAAAACGGAGGCUCUGUCAGUGUCACCGCAGCUACACCUCCUUCUGCUGUGGAAUACAAACGCACUCCCCAAGACCACAAAUCAAUAGAACCGUUCAUCGUUGACAAAGUUCUCUUUGCAAGUUCCGAUGGUGGUCAAACUACUGUCAAAGUUCUCUUACGACAAACACGAAUUCCUGAAAUUGGCGACAAAUUCUCCUCUAGACAUGGCCAGAAGGGUGUUGCCGGUCUCAUUGUGCCUCAAAGUGAUUUGCCUUUUAAUAAAAAUGGCAUUUCUCCGGAUAUUAUCAUGAAUCCCCACGGAUUUCCCAGUCGUAUGACGGUUGCUAAACUACUGGAGUUACUCUCAGGAAAAGCUGCCUCUUUGGAUGGAAACAUCCGUGAUGGCAGUGCUUUUUCUCCGCAUCCAGUUGAAGCGCUAAAGGAAGUCCUUCCCAAAUACGGCUAUAAUUGUUCAGGCAAGGAGAUACUUAUCUCUGGUGCAACUGGUGAGCCAAUGGAGGCCUAUAUCUACACUGGUGUGGUCUACUAUCAGCGUCUCAAACACAUGGUGCUAGAUAAAGUCCACGCCCGUUCCAGGGGACCGGUAACAGCGUUGACCCGCCAGCCCACAGAGGGCCGCAGUCGUGAAGGUGGUUUGCGUGUUGGUGAAAUGGAGAGGGACUGUUUAAUCGCGUAUGGUGCCUCACAGCUACUACUUGAACGACUCAUGCUGUCGAGUGAUGCUUACGAAGCAGUAGUUUGUGAGGCAUGUGGUUUGUUCGCCUCCUCGCCGACUUGGUGUCAGUAUUGUAAAAGCAGUGCAAAACAGAGAAUAUCGAAGGUUCGACUGCCUUAUGCUUGUAAAUUACUCUUCCAAGAGCUAAUGUGUAUGCGUAUCUUCCCCAGAAUGACACUUUCAGCUCCCAAUGAAUCUGUUCUGGCUGCACGCCAUUCUGCAAAUAAGUAA